UCUGCCAUCAUCUUGUCGUUCGGUUCGCGUUGCCGCAGUAUUCGCAACUGAAAUUUUGACUACCACUGGAUUGCACUGGACCUAAAAUCAUUUUCCAAUUGGAUUGCUUUUUUAUCAGUUUUCAUGUCUCUGAUCAUAGUUCAUGCAUUUGUAUUCCAUCGCAAUCGGUUAAUUAUUGGAAGGUUUUUUUGUAACUACCCGUAUGUUGUUUGUUGAAUAAAGUGUAAGAAAACGGCUGAGGAGCGAUUUUUAUGUAAAUUAUUUGCGGAUAAAAAAUAAAGAAGUCUAAUCAGAAAUGGCGAAAACUAAAGUUUAUGUGGUUGGUGUAGGAAUGACCAAGUUCGAAAAGCCCGGCCGCCGUGCCGAUAUCUGCUACCCAGAUAUGGCGAAAGAAGCCAUUUCUAAAGCUCUAGAAGAUGCACGACUUAAUUAUUCUGAAGUGCAGCAAGCUGCCGUUGGCUAUGUUUAUGGGGACUCAACUUGCGGACAAAGAGCUAUAUAUGGCGUUGGUAUGACUGGCAUUCCAAUAUUUAAUGUUAACAACAAUUGCUCCACCGGCUCCAGUGCUUUAUAUUUGGCCAAGCAAAUCAUAGAAUCUGGAAAUGCAGAUUGUGUGCUGGCUUUGGGCUUUGAAAAAAUGGAACGCGGGUCGUUAUCAGCGAAGUAUUUUGACCGUGCCAAUCCCAUGGAGCGUCACAUAACCGAAAUGGCUGAGCUUGCCGAAAUUGGAAGUGGUCCUAUGGCUGCACAAAUCUUUGGCAAUGCUGGCAAGGAGCAUAUGAAAAAGUACGGCACAAAGCCUGAACAUUUUGGCAAAAUUGCCUGGAAAAAUCACAAGCAUUCCAUUAAUAAUCCCUACUCUCAAUAUCGCGAUGAAUAUACCCUUGAACAGAUUAUGCGUUCGCCACAAGUAGUCGACGGAGUGCUUACAAAAUUACAAUGUUGCCCCACCUCGGAUGGAUCUGGUGCUGCGAUUUUGGCUUCUGAGCAAUUCGUUCGUCGGCAUGGUUUGGAGUUGCAGGCAGUCGAAAUAGUUGGCAUGGAAAUGGCCACUGACCCCGAAUCCACCUUUGCCGGAAAAAGCCUCAUAAAAAUUGCUGGCUACGAUAUGACUCGCUUAGCUACUCAACGUCUCUUUGCUAAAACGAAUUACAAACCACAGGAUGUAAAUGUUGUUGAAUUGCAUGACUGUUUUUCAGCUAAUGAACUGAUCACCUACGAGGCAUUAGGUUUGUGCGAGGAAGGCAAAGCUGGGGAAUUCAUUGAUCGCGGAGAUAACACAUACGGUGGUAAGUACGUUGUGAAUCCCAGCGGAGGAUUGAUUUCCAAGGGACAUCCAUUGGGCGCCACUGGUCUGGCGCAGUGUGCUGAGCUGUGUUGGCAACUGCGUGGAUUAGCUGAAAAGCGUCAGGUGCCUAGUUGCAAACUCGCGUUGCAACACAAUUUGGGCUUAGGUGGUGCCGUUGUGGUUGCUCUGUAUCGUCUCGGUUUUCCUGCAGCGGCGAGCGUUAGCCAUAAUUUUACCGCGGCAGCGAAAGGAGCAACCAGCGCAGAUGGAUUUAAAAUGACACCAUUACUUAAGCUCUUAGAAAUCGCAAUGGAAGAAGAUCAGGACAAUCUUAUUGAAAAGGUGCGUGCUGUGUACGGCUUCAAAGUAAUAAACGGGCCGAAUGGACAGACCGGUUUUUGGAUCAUUAACGCCAAGCAACGCAAAGGCAAGGUUACAUUCAAUGGAUAUGACAAAUGUGACGUCACUUUCACCAUUAAUGAUGAAGAUGUUACCGAUUUAAUUACUGGCAAAUUGCCUCCACAAAAGGCUUUCUUCCAAGGCAAAAUUAAGAUUCAAGGCAAUAUGGGCAUGGCGAUGAAGCUUUUGGAAUUACAGAAAACAGCCCAAUCACGUAUUGACACUCUGCGUUCAAAGCUAUAAGCGUUCACCCAUUUUUGCGUUGAUUAUCUUAUAAAACAUAUAUUUUAUUAAUUGCUUAUGGGGUUUAUUUUGGACAAGGUUUUAAAUUAGUUAUAAUAAUCAAUUGGUUACAAUUAAUCUUUAUAUCAUUGUUAUUAAUAAGUUACUCAAUUUUGUAUUAUACAUUUCAUAUUUUAUACGUUCAUUUCUGGUUGAACUAAAUGCUUUACGAAAUCUUAAA